AUGGCCAGCCCCCGUGGCACGGCGCAAAAGCGCACGCUGGAUUAUUCAGACACGAUCAAGUUCUCAGUAGGACGACUUGCCGACGGGGCAGAACGAACAUACUGUGUUCCCAAGUCCGCCAUUCUUGGUCGCUCGAGAUUCGUCAGUGAUGCAUUUGCGUCGCUCGAGCUCGUAGGCAGCAUCUGCGUUAACGAUCUCCCGAACGUCAGCAACAAGGUCUUCAAUUCUUACGUUCAUCUUUUGCUUACGAAAAAGGUUGUGGUCAAUUUUGAGUCUGCCGAGAGUGAGUCCGCGGAUUCACUCAUGGCUUUGAUUGAUCUGUAUACUCUGGCCGCGGACGUCACCGAUUGCCACUCCAUGAACAAGGUCAUGGACAAGCUGGUGGAUCGUGUCAAGGAGACUUGGCCCGACGCACAAGCCAUCAAGAAGAUAUAUGGCCUGGACCCAGAUGUCGGCGGGACACUUCGAAGGCUGUUUGUGGACUCCUUCAUGGUCGACGGGUCAGACAUGGAUUUCCUGGAAGAUCUGGCAUCUGAUCAUUACGCCAGUCAGCUUUGGGAAUUUUUCCGUGACUUGAGCAUUGCCUUGAUCCAGGAAAGAAAUUCCACGAAACGCAAACAAUAUGUGGCUGCCGACUACUACGUGGAACUCGAGAACUCCACAGCGAACGCAUGAGUGAAGUCCAUUGGGAGUGAUGAAGCGUGUUCGCCGUGCAAUGGCGAUAUCGUCGCCACAGGCAAAGAUUGUCGCUUUCGCCCUCGCUUCAUGCCAUUAGCAGCCCCGCAGCUUGGCCCAAAGAGGAAGGAGCUCUGCUACCUUUGGGCCAAGCAUCCACACAGCAUUAGCUUGAGCGUGAUAAGCGGACAUCGGCAGGGCUUGUGACAUCUUAGAGUCGUAUUGGCUCCGUAGCCAAGAGGACUGGCGCUCGCAACAU